AUGAAUCUGAAGGUGAGAUACCAGACGAAGGGGGUGCAGGUGCUGGCGGAGCACGAACAGAAGGAAGAGAAGCCAUUCACGAAGCGGUGUAGACUAUGUGCGUUGGUAUCGAGUGGUGGUCAUCUGUAUCGAUCUGGAGCCGGUGCCGAAAUCGACAGCGCUGAUUGUGUCCUUCGUAUGAACACCGCCCCGGUCACCGGCUAUUCUAGCGACGUCGGGCUUCGUACCGACAUCCGAAUCAUCGGCCACGUCAACCUCCCACGAGGACUCGUGAAGAGGAGUUCGUUGAGGAAUGAGAUCUUGUCGAACUCGACGACGAGGACGAGAUACGUCGUGGUGCCCUGGCUGAAUAAGGAGAAAGUGAACAUGAAGACGAAUAAGAUUGUCAAACUUGCGAGGCAGUACAAGCGCAAGUACCCUAAGGUUGAUUUCGUCUUCCUGACAACCAAGAAAUAUUCUCAGUCAGAGGCGAGGUACAAGAACGAAACAGGGUAUUCCAGAGCCGCGAUGCGAACAAAAUUCAGCACGGGCUUUGUAUCCAUGGUAUUUGCUCUUGAUAUCUGUGAUGAGGUGCUGGUAUACGGAAUAUCAAGGGAUGACUUCUGCAAGAAAAAUCCAAAGGCAAAGGUCCCCUAUCACUACUACGAACCUAAGAAAAGGAGCGAGUGUUUCUUCGUCAAAAAAUCGGAGAUGAAUUAUAAAAGUGGCCACAAGUUUUUGACAGAGCAUGCGAUGUACGCACGAUGGUCUACCGUUCACAACAUCACUUUUCGCUAUCCAUCGUGGAAUGGCUCAGAAGCAUCCGGACGCGUCGGUUCAUACUAUUUGAAGAAAUAUAAAAACACAUUAGAAAAGACUUUGAAAAGCAAGAAAGGAUGAGUUACAAUGUUCACAUCGCCACAGAGAUAUGUAUAUGCGAGACGGUGUGACAGCGAGUUUAGUCAUGUUCUCCUUCUGUCCGGAGCAGUCAUGAAGAAGUUUUGCCCCAGCAUCAUUUUUAUGUUUAGGGAAACUUGUCUUGUUUGUAAUUUUUAUAGGUAAAUGCAUGUAUUGAUUCAACAUUGAAAUUUAUCUUUGUAAUGGACUAUUGUACGCAAUGUAACCAUAAGGAAAUAUCAAGCACGUGAGUUUUUUAAAAAAUAAGGGAAGAUACUGAUUUGUUUGUUUAAUAUUAAGUACUUUUAGCAAAAUCUCUGGAUAA